CGGUAUGUUUGUGCUAAUACCGUUGGUGAAUAUUACUGUGGGAUGAAUGAGGAAGAGCUAUUAAAACGAUCCGCUGCUGAGCGGGACAGAAUAUUCAGCUGUUACGAUCGUGGUAGAGAGAAUGGUGCUCAGAUUGAUUCGUGGGAAGAUCCUGGGUAUGAAGUUUAUCAUACAACAGAUAGAUAUGGUUUCAUCCAUGAUAAAAGAUUGCCACGUAAAUUGGAGACCAACGAGAUUAAAAUGCAUCAGGUUGAAAUGGAGCGAGUAAAAAAGUGGGAGAAAAUGACAAAACAUUGGGAAAGUCCGGUUACCAAAGAAAAAUUAAGAAGAAGGGUUUACAAAGGGAUACCGGAUCGUUUUAGAGGACAAGUUUGGUCACUAUUACUUGGUAUUCAGGCAUUAAAACAGGAACAGGCUGGAAAAUAUGAGGAGAUGCUGCAGCUUGCCAGGCAGUGGUCCACUGAGAUUCGACAAAUUGAUGCUGAUGUUGCUCGACAAUACCGUGAUCAUAUUGACUACAGAUCAAUGUUUUACGUACUAGCAGCUUACAGUAUGUACAACAUGGAAGUAGGAUACUGUCAAGGAAUGUCAGUUUUAGCCGGACUAUUGUUAUUAUACAUGAAUGAAGAAGAUGCCUUUUGGGGACUGUCUAUCCUACUCGCAGAUAAGAAGUACAGCAUGCAUGGAUUUUAUAUUGAUGGGUUUCCAAAAUUAAACCGAUUUAUUGAGCACCAUGAUAAAAUAAUGAAUAAAUUUCUUCCGAAAUUAAAACGCAAAUUAGACAAAUGCGGAUGUGACUCGAUGCUUUAUGCGUUAAAGUGGUUUUUUGUUGUAUUUCAAGAACGCACACCGGUUAGUCUUGGUCUUCGUAUUUGGGAUAUAUUCCUGUUAGACGGGGAUCGCAUACUACCAGCGAUGGCGUACACGGUAAUGAAGCUUCACAAACGGUAUCUAAUGCCGUUAGACAGUCUCGAUGAGUUCUGUAACUAUUUACAAGCUAAAUUGGAAAAAGACUUUCGCUUUGACGAUGACACUGUUAUCACUUCAGUUGAACGUAAUAUGGAAGAACUGAAACGUAGUAAAUUAGAUUAUCCUGGAGCGCCAAUGCCACAUGAAUUACCACGAUUUCCACUUGGAACUUUUAAAGAACCUACUUUUACUAGUAAAGUUGGAAGACGAGCUGAAGAAUUCAGUGAAGCCCAAACAGUUUUGCGGGAAUCAGUGGCUCAGCGUAGAGAGAUGGCGACUAUCGAGGACCCACGAGGCAGUCCAAUACCAGGAGACCCACCUAGUAGCAGCGACCUUGGUGGUAUUUCGGAAAAUCAGACGACACACGAUGUACUUGCAGGAAGUAAAUUCUCGUUCGAUCCGAGCCUGGAUGACGGUGGAUCACCUACCGGAUCGAGACGUUCUCUAGCCGAUACAUCGGUUACUUCAACGGCAGACCUGUCGGUCUUUAGCUCAGCUACAAGAUCUCAAGCCCUGGAUAAUAGUCUUGAUACUCAGAGCAAUUUAUCCGUCGGCAGUUCUAAUAGUGGAGGACUUCCUACGCCUCGUGCGACUCCCCAUCAUCCCAGUCCGGAUAUUGUUCGAAUUUACGUACCUUACUCACCGCUAUCACCGGCCUCUUACGAAGAGGAUCUACAACGCACUCUUCCUCAUGUUCUUGAGACAAAUAAAAUUCGAAUAAAAAUAGACCCCGAUGAAACGCCAAUUGUUGAAAAUCUUAAACCGUUUUCUCUCGAGAGUCCUGAAGUUGAAUUAGACUUGAAAUAA